UAUUGUGUUUACUUUUUGAUGAAUGAUAAGGACAUUGAUUACCGGCAAAGUUGAAACUUUAAAAGUAUCUUGAAAAUUUCGAGUGUUGUCUGUUUAGUUUAGUUACACAUAAUUUUAAAAACGUUAAAUAAUUUAAUAAAUACCAACAAUAUGAAUGACGCUGAUACUUAUAAAUCGUAUUUGAAGCGCACCGUUUAUGUAGGUGGAUUAGCUGAAGAAGUUGAUGAUAAAGUAUUGAGAUCUGCAUUUAUUCCUUUUGGUGAUAUAGUCGAUGUCCAGAUGCCAUUAGACUAUGAAUCUGAGAAACACCGAGGAUUUGCAUUUGUUGAGUUUGAACAACCCGAAGAUGCGUUAGAUUCUAUUGACAACAUGAAUGAAGCAGAGAUAUUUGGCCGCACUAUUCGCGUUAAUUUAGCUAAACCUCAAAAGAUUAACAGAGGCUCAACCAGACCUGUAUGGUCGGAAGAUGACUGGCUUGUACAGUAUGCUGGUAAGACAUUGGAACCCAAGGACGAUAAAAAAAUUGAAGAAGACAAAAGCAAAGAUGAAGCAAAGAACCCACAAGUUUAUCUUGAUAUUAAAAUUGGUAAAAAGGAUGCCGGUCGAAUUAUCAUUAUGCUACGAGCUGAUAUUGUGCCACGUACAGCAGAAAAUUUUCGUUGUUUAUGUACCCACGAGAAGGGUUUUGGGUAUCAAAAUACUACGUUUCAUAGAAUCAUUCCAAAUUUCAUGUGUCAAGGCGGUGACAUUACUAAUAACAAUGGUACUGGCGGACUAUCAAUUUAUGGAAAAAAGUUUGACGAUGAAAAUUUUGAACUAAAACACACAGGCCCGGGUGUCUUAUCUAUGGCUAAUUCUGGGCCAAAUACAAAUAGUUCACAAUUUUUUAUUUGUACAGCACGUACAGAAUGGUUAGAUAAUAAACAUGUUGUGUUUGGCCAUGUGUUAAGCGGUAUUGAUGUUAUGAAAAAAAUAGAGAAAUGUGGAACAAAAGCGGGUCUGCCAACUGAGAAAGUAAUAAUUGGUUCUUGUGGACAGUUAGCUUAGUGACAUUUAUAUUUUAAUAAGACUUUUUUUGUAUACAUUAAUUUUAUAUUUUAUUGAUUAAUGUAAUUUAUCUUUCAAAGUGUAUUAAUUAGUUUUGUAAAUUAUAUAUUUAAAAAUGAAAAUA